ACAGCCGAGGGGAUUAAUGGAGGGGGGCGGGCAGGUGUGCAGGGUGGAGCCCUCCUGAUCCCAGGGCUGAAGGAUGGCGGCCCUGGCUCGUCAGCUGCAGAGUCUCCUCUGGACAGCUUGCAAGAAAAAAGAGUGGGAGAAGGAAGCGGAGGAGGAGGAGGAGGAGGCGGGGCGCAGGGCCCCCGAUGGGCCUCGGUCUCUGCUGACAGCGCCGCGGCGCGCCCAGCAGCCGCACGGGGGUGCCGCGGCGUCGUGGGGCCUGCGCUUUGGGGCGAGCGCAGCGCAGGGCUGGCGCGCGCGCAUGGAGGACGCUCACUGCACUUGGCUUUCGUUACCUGGUCUGCCCCCAGGCUGGGCCUUCUUUGCAGUCCUCGACGGCCACGGUGGGGCUCGAGCUGCCCGCUUCGGUGCACGCCACUUGCCAGGCCAUGUGCUCGAGGAGCUGGGCCCGGAGCCUGGCGAGCCCGAGGGCGUGCGCGAGGCGUUGCGCCGAGCCUUCUUGAGCGCCGACGAGCGCCUGCGCUCCCUCUGGCCCCACGUGGAAACGGGCGGCUCCACGGCCGUGGCAUUGCUGGUCUCCCCGCGGUUCCUGUACCUGGCGCACUGCGGUGACUCCCGCGCCGUGCUGAGCCGCGCCGGCGCCGUGGCCUUCAGCACCGAGGACCACCGGCCCCUUCGACCUCGGGAACGCGAGCGCAUCCAUGCCGCGGGCGGCACCAUCCGCCGCCGGCGCGUCGAGGGCUCUUUGGCGGUGUCGCGAGCGUUGGGCGACUUUGCCUACAAGCAGGCUCCAGGGAGGCCCCCCGAGCUACAACUCGUUUCUGCGGAGCCUGAGGUGACCGCACUGGUACGCCAGGCGGAGGACGAGUUCAUGCUCCUGGCCUCUGAUGGCGUCUGGGACACUAUGUCUGGUGCUGCCCUGGCGGGAAUGGUGGCUUCGCGUCUCCGCCUGGGCCUGGCCCCAGAGCUUCUCUGCGCGCAGCUGUUGGACACGUGUCUGUGCAAGGGCAGCCUGGACAACAUGACCUGCAUCCUGGUCUGCUUCACUGGGGCUCCUAGGCCUUCUGAGGAGGCGAUCAGGAGGGAGCUAGCACUGGACGCAGCCCUGGGCCGUAGAAUCGCUGAACUGUGUGCCUGUGCUCAGGAGCUCCCCAGCCUGAACACAGUUUUCAGGACUCUGGCCUUAGAGGACAUCCCAGAUUUACCUCCUGGGGGAGGGCUGGACUGCAAGGCCACUGUCAUUGCUGAAGCUUAUUCUAAGUUCUGCCAGGUCUCAGAAGAGUGCAGAGAGAACGGGCAGGAUGGGGCUGGGAAGCCCACCGCCACGGAUUUGGGCUCUGCCUUAGACAUGGAGGCCUGACAGCUGUUGUCCUUUAGGGAUCCUUUGCUCCACUGGGGCCUCAACAGAACUAAAGAAGAAAACAGACCCCUUCUCCAGCCACAUGUACCAGCGGAAGGAAGGCAGGCCAUUGUAGGAACCCAACAUGCUUAUUUCUCCUUCUCUUACUUCCCUCUCACAGAUAAGUCUUACGAGAGGGGAAAUUCCACCAUCACCCACACUAAAAAGAAAAAAGCCCCAAAAGAAAAAAAAAAAAAAAAAAAAAAA